AUAAAUUCUCCAAAAACAACCAGCCGCCGAAGCAGAAUCGGAAACUUCUGCGGGGCUUGACGCAAGAAGUCUUCGAGAAACACCAAGAGCAAGUGGAUGACGGGAAUCCUAGCGGCGUCGCGAGUUCUAGACCACAAAAUGCAGCGGGAGGUAAAAUAAAUGCUUUUCAGAGCACCAAGCCGGUCGACAGAAAAAAAGUUCGAAAGCAGCAGCGCAUGGAAAAGAAGCAAAGGCGGGAGCAGUUUUUCUCAACGAAGAAACAGACCGCUGUUGUGGAAGACGCCGAUAGCUCUGAAGAAGUCGAACAGCAAAACAGCAGUAGUAGAAAAAAAACCGUUACCAAGCUUUCGAACACGAGCCCGAGCCAGGUACAGCGGAAAGAAACUACGAAGGCCGAGGAUUCAGAUUCUGAUGCGGGCUCCGCGCCGUCGGAAGGUGACGAGGAUGAGGGACGUUCUGAUGCAGGAAUAAGCAAUGAAGACCUCCAAAACGAGGACCCUGACUCGUCUUACGACCCAGACGCCGAAGAGUUGGCGUAUCUGGAGAAGAUGCUGGGUCUGUCCAAAGGGAAGGGGCAGGAGAAAUUGCUAAAAGAGAUGGAAGAAGACGGGUUUGACGACGAUCUCCUAUCUUUUUGCGACGAUAUCGUCGCCAAAGGGAAGAAGGGCAAAAAGAAAGUUGCGGGGAAGGAGGAAACAGAAAUAUCAACCGCUGCUUCCAGUAACAAACGUGGACGAAGUUUGGCGGAAUUGGAGGCGGAGUACAGUAAGAAUGCAAAAAACGCAACUACUUCUGUCGCUGAGAAGAAGAAGCAGAGCAAGCAAAAAAUGCCUUCUGCCACUGGAGAUAGUACAACCCUCAGCGAUGCUGAGUCCGACGGUAGUUGUUCCGAGGGAAGUAAUGAAGUAACGCCUGGACGAUUCGGUCUUGAUGAUGGGGAAGUAGAUGACGGCAAAAAUUUAGAGAAAUUCGAGAACAUGCUGACCACUGGGGACGACGGAGGGCUGUACACCGCGGAAGAGCUUCAGGAGUUGCAGUAUUUGGAAAAACAACUUGGGAUCUCAAACAACAAGGAAAGUUCGCGGAAGAAAAAGAGAAAACUCGGCAAGGAGCUGAUGCUUGACGGGAUCGAUUUUGACCUGCUCGACGCAUGCGACCGGAUCUGUAUGGGGGCGGCUUCCAAGGUAUCAAAUGUAAAAAUGUCUGGGUCUGGAAGAAUGCAACUUGUGAUGCUGAAUUUGGAUUCCAAAAAAAUCUCUAUUGCAUGAGCAGCAAAGGGAGUGUAAUUUUUGCUACGCGGAGAGGGCAUUUGUCAUGCGGAAUAGGCAUCGCGGGGCCCUCAAAAAAUCUGUGAUGCUAGGGUAUGCAUCACAGACAUCAUGGCCCAGGCAAAACAUGCAUGACAAGUCUCAGAAUCUUCCAGACCCAGACAUUUUUACAUUUGAUAGAAGGGGAGCAAGAACAAAAUUGAGAAAAAUAACAAGAAAGGAAAAGAGAAUGAAAAAGAAGCUGCAGCUAAGGUCGUGCAGGACAAAGAGGGCGACAAGCUUGCUGUUUGUGAAAAGACGAAGGCAAGUGCCGCUAGUAAAGAGCAACCUGCUCCACGUCGUUCGGAAGAGCAGCCUGUUCUUCCCUCACGGCCGAAGAAGAUAUUGAAGAAAGAAGGACCUCCUUGUUCCACUACUAGUAAUGCGAGUCCUCCAGGAGAACAACCACC